UUGGGUCCAUUUAGUUUUGUUAUUUUAGGAAAUAUAUUGUUUAAUAUUUUUCUUGCUUUUAAAUUUUUUGAGAAGGCGUAGUCUGGAUAGUCAUACGUAUCUGUCAAACAUGUUAUUACUAAGGGAUUUGGAGUAAUAUCUACUUCUAUGGCAUCUUCGCUAUGACCAGUAUCAUUUUAAUGCGAAAACUAUUAGCCAUGAAACUAAACAAGGCAGAAUUUGACAGAAUUAAACUACAGCAAGCGAAUAUAAAGCAAAAGAAGCAAAAAGUUCUGAGUUCAUUAAAAGAAAUUCUAGAGAAUCAGUCAUCUAAUAAAACAUGCAGACUGUGCCUAAGGUCUGGUGGAAGGAAUAUAUUCGGAGGAGAUCAGGGCUUUGAUGUUGCUCUCAACAUUAGAUACAUCUUAGGAGUAGAGAUUACAGAAGAUGACGGCAAGCCACAGCACAUUUGCAGUGACUGUGAACACACAGUGCGGCAGGCAUCGCAACUCAAGCAGACAGCGGAGACCACACAAUGGCGGUUGCAACAAGAAUUAGAGAUGGUGGCUAAUGAUGCGGCGUCAGACUGGAGCGAUGGGCGGGAGCAGCACGGCGGUUACUUUAAGACAAUGGACGCAGACAUUGCGCGGGAGUGGAUCUGUGGAAAGUGCCGUACGUCCUUUAAUACGCAGGAGGAAUUCACCGAACAUGAGAAACUGCCGUCCUGCAGAACACAGGCCAGGGGCUAUGUGUGUGAGACUUGCGGCUUGGAAAUGAAGUCUAUGUCGCGGCUCAAGAGACACAAGUUGACCCACACAAACGUCCUGCCGCACCUGUGCACGGCGUGCCCGUACCGCGCGCGCACGCUGCACGCGCUGCACGUGCACGCGCGCGCGCACGCCGGCACGCGGCCCGCGCGCUGCCCGUGCGGCGCCGCCUUCGCCUCGGCCUCCAACCUCGCCUCGCACCGCCGCACGCACCUCCCGCCCGCCUUCCCCUGCCAGCUGUGCGGCCGGGGCUUCAAGUUCAAAGCGGCCCUUCAGAACCACAUGGCGUCUCAGCACAGCAACGCGAAGCCCUAUAACUGCAAUAUAUGUGCGAAAGCUUUUUCUACAAGAAAGAUGAUCCUCCGUCACGAGUUGAAAGCGCACAAUCGGCCUAAAAUGCGCUCCGGAAUCCUGCCCAGCUACAUGCGGAUACAGGAAGAUAACUGAACUAUAACGG